AUGGCAAUAUGUAAAUGGGCUGGAUAUCCUGAUUUAUUCAUUACAUUUACAUGCAAUCCCAAAUGGCCUGAAAUUAAUAGAUUUGUGCAUAGUAGGGGAUUGCAUCCAGAAGAUCGGCCAGACAUUAUAACAAGAGUCUUUAAAAUCAAAUUGGAUCAUUUGAUAAAAGAUUUAAGAGACAAUAAAGUUUUUGGAGAAGUAAAAGCAGUGAUUUACCCUAUUGAAUUUCAAAAGCGUGGAUUGCCUCAUGCACAUAUCUUACUUUUUCUCCAUGAUAAAUUUCCAAAUGUUGGAGACAUUGAUGUGAUUAUUUCAGCUGAAUUGCUUGAUAAAUUACUUGAUCCGGAUUAUUAUGUGGCUGUUACAAACUUCAUGAUGCAUGGGCCAUGUGGUUCAAUAAGAAAAUCAUCCCCUUGCAUGCAAAAAGGCAAAUGUACAAAGCACUUUCCAAAAAGAUUUUUACCAUCUACCUCACUUGAUGAAGAAGGAUAUCCUUUAUAUCGAAGAAGAGAUGAUGGUAGAUCUACACAGAGAUCAGACACAGUGGGGCAGGCACAGGGCGGUGAUCCCAGUAUACCAGAUCAUACCGAUAUUGUUCCGGCCUCCUCUGCUCAGGCAGCUAGUAUGGAUCCUAGCUCUUCCCGGUCAGCACCACAGUUAGGAGCUACUGCUGAAUUAGCCAGUCUCCGGACCGAUGUUGAUGCCAUUCUUGCCGCCCCUUCAGUUGAGCCUCAGGUUACACCUACUGCACUGGCUGAUGAUACAGUGCUGGAUGCUUUAUUUAGUAGGACCGCCGAGGAGGGGCUUGCGCCUACACAUGCCAAAGGCAAGCGACACCGUUCUCAUAGCACUGAAGAGGAGAAAGCUCAAAAGAGACAGCAUUCAAAGGUUGUUGAUGAAAUAAAAAUGUAUUGUGAUUGUCGCUAUAUAGCAUCCUGUGAAGCAGCUUGGAGAACUUUCAAAUUCCCAAUCCACCAUAGAGAACCUUCUGUAGAAAGGUUAUCUUUUCAUCUACCAGACAAUCAAAAUGUCAUAUUUUCAGAUGAUGAUCCAAUUGAUGUUGUUAUCAAUAAACCAACAGUGAAGGAAUCAAUGUUUUUAAGAUGGUUGGAAGCUAAUAAGGAAUUUCCUGAAGCAAGACAUCUAACGUAUGCAGAAUUUCCUUUAAAGUUUGUUUGGAAGCAGCAAUCUAAGAGAUGGGAAAAAAGGAAAACUUCAGCAUUUUCUAUUGGAGGAAUUUUCUUUGUUCCACCAGGAUCAGGUGAGCAAUAUUACCUUAGAUUGCUAUUGAAUGUUGUUAAAGGUCCAACUUCUUAUGAGGAGAUCAGAAGAAUAAAUGAUAUUGAUCAUGAGACCUUUAGAGAUGCAUGUUAUGCUCUAGGAUUAUUAGAUGAUGACAAAGAAUAUGUUGAUGCUAUAGUAGAAGCAAAAGUUUAUCUAUCAGAAGCAGAUUUGAAGAAUCGUUGCUUGCAAAAGAUUGAAACCUUUUUAAAAGGGUGUGGAAGCAGUUUUCAAGAUUUUUCAACAAUGCCAUUACCUGUCUAUAAUGAGGAUGAGGUCGAUUAUAGCAACAUAUUAAUUCGAGAUGAAAUGCGUUACAAUAAAGGUGCUUUAACUGAUGAACAUCAAGAAUUGCUACAAAAUUUAACUGAUGAACAUAAAACAGUUUACAGAAAGAUUAUGUCAGCAGUUAUUACAAAUAGUGGUGGAUUUUUCUUUUUAUAUGGCUUUGGAGGUACAGAAAAAACUUUUAUUUGGAGGACACUAUCAGCAGCUAUACGAUCUAAAAGAGAUAUUGUUUUGACAGUAGCUUCUAGCGGGAUUGCAUCUCUAUUGUUGCCUGGUGGUAGAACAUCACAUUCAAGAUUUGUUAUCCCUUUGAAUAUAAAUGAAGAUUCAACAUGUAAUAUAAAGCAAGGUACUCCUUUAGCAAAUUUGAUAGUCAAGGCAAAGUUGAUUAUUUGGGAUGAGGCUCCUAUGAUGCAUAAAUAUUGUUUUGAAGCUUUGGAUAGAACUUUAAGAGAUAUAAUUAGCUAUAAGGAUGCAUCUAAGGCAGAAUUACCAUUUGGAGGAAAAACAGUUGUUCUUGGAGGUGACUUUAGACAAAUUUUACCCGUUAUUCCAAAAGGUACCAGACAAGAUAUUGUUAAUGCAACUGUAAAUUCAUCAUAUUUAUGGCCACAAUAUAAAAUAUUGACUCUAACAAAGAAUAUGAGGUUACAAAGCAAUGCAAACGAUACACAUUUGGAAGAAUUGAGAGAUUUUUCUAAUUGGAUAUUGAAAGUUGGGGAUGGUAGCAUUGGAAGUUAUGAUCUUCUAAUAAAUGAGUAUACUGAUCCUAUAGCAUCUAUUGUUGAAAGUAUUUAUCCAGAUUUCAUCACUAAUUGCAAUGAUCCAAAGUACCUUCAACAAAGAUCCAUUCUUGCUCCAACUCUUGAUAUGGUUGAAUCGAUAUAUCAGUAUAUGAUUACUCUUAAUCAUAAUCCUAAGAAAUCAUAUUUAAGUUCUGAUAAAAUUUGCAGGUCUGAUCAUACUUAUUCAGCUUUGGAACAUGUACAUACCCCUGAAUAUUUGAACAAUAUUAAAUGUUCUGGCGUUCCAAAUCAUUCAAUCACUUUAAAGGUUGGGGUUCCAGUGAUGUUACUAAGAAAUAUCGAUCAGUCAGCAGGAUUAUGUAAUGGAACUAGAUUGAUUGUUACUAAACUUGGAAAUCAAGUAAUUGAAGCAAAGGUUUUAUCUGGACAGAUGGUUGGCCAGAAGGUGUUUAUUCCAAGAAUGACUUUAACACCUUCAGAUUCUAGAAUUCCUUUUAAGUUUCAAAGAAGACAGUUUCCUAUAACUUUAUCAUUUUCUAUGACAAUCAAUAAGAGUCAAGGACAGUCUUUAUCUCAUGUGGGCUUAUUUCUGAAGAAGCCAGUGUUUACGCAUGGGCAUUUAUAUGUUGCUCUUUCCAGAGUGACAAAUAGAAAGGGAUUAAAAAUACUUACUUACGAUGAAGAUGGGAAAAUAAGUAAUGAAGCCACAAAUGUAGUAUAUAAAGAAGUAUUACAAAAUCUUAUUUGA